UUUUAAUAUGAGUAUCUACAUAAUUCUAUAAUUAUUACAUUUUGAUGUAAACUUUGCCAAGCACGAACAGUCAAUACAUAUUUAAACGUUUCUUAGUGAAAGCUUAUCAAAGAUAAAAAAAAUGAGGUGGUGCUUAUUCAUCUUGUGUAUUUCCGUUGGAUUUGCAUCAAAACUACCUGAUGGUAUUCCACGAUGUCACAGAAGUCAACCAGAUUAUAUCACAUGCGUACAAAAAUCAAUGGAAAUCGGCAUGCGAGUUUUAGCUUCAGGAAACAAAGACCUAGGAUUGCUACCCAUUGAACCGUUAUUUGUUAAAGACAUGGAAAUUUCGUCACAAGGAAGUUCUGUAACUCUUGAUCAGAAAUACCAUAAUGUAAAAGUUCAUGGAAUGACAUUCAGCGAUAUUACUGCUGUAAAAGCGGAUUUCGAAAAAAACUGUGAAUAUUACAUUAAUGUAUUCUCGCCCGCAUUAAGAAUGGAAGGAGAGUACGAGAUGAAAGGAAAAGUAUUAAUAUUUCCUUUAAAUUCAAAAGGAAAUUGUAAUGUAACUUUGGUGAAAAAUCAUGCUGUUCAUGCAAUGCAGUGUGAAAGAUAUCAAAAAAAUGGUAAAACGUUCAUGAAGUGGACCAAUUAUACCAUAAUAUUAAAUCCUACUAAUGUGGUAUACGAUUUUGACAAUAUAUUUCCUGCAAAUCCACAGAUAGAAAAUGAAAUUCAAAAAACACUUAAUGAUAAUUCUCUUUCAAUAUUUAAGGAGGUAAAAGCUUCAUUUGAACGUAUAUUUUCGAUUAUAUAUCUUAAUAACGGCAACAAAAUAAUGUCCAAAGUUCCGAUAGAGGAAAUGGAUCUUCCUUAAUUGUCACGUAAUUUUUUUAAAGUAAAUAUUAUAUAAAGUAUUUUAAUAAAUGUUUUGUUCUUU